AUGAUGAGCUUGAGGAUGGGGGGGCUUCGAGCAUGGACCUCCAACAGUUUCUGGUCAAGGGCGCUAGGGAGGAGCUUGCGAACUCCAGUGCGGAAGCUCGGCCAUCCCGUUCGGACUGGCUGGGGUGUGCAUGUACUCAACAGGGUCCAUGGAGGGAAGGCGUUCAUCUCUGCAUCCUCCUCCUCUCCUCCCCCUGUCUCAGAGGUUCUUCGGCUGUUGGACAAGGCUAUCAAGGGCGACAGCAAGGACGUAGACGCGAUGGACAAACUGCAUCAGAGGAUAGAGCAGGAGAUGAAGGAAGGAGCAAAGUCUCAAGACAUCAGCCUGGUUGCUGGCAUCCUCUCUUCUUUAGAGUUCGCCGGUCACAGGGACGAGCGAAAAGCUGAGGAGCUGCUAGAGCAUGCGCUGGGGCAAGGGGACGCGAUGGCGAUGUUCUACCUUGCACGCAUGCACCUGGUGAAGAACGAGAAGGAGGAGCCCGAUCCUGUGUUUGGAGAAGAUGAGCAACUCUCGGAUGACCUACUCAAUACAAGCCACCUCGAGCUGAACGCUGAGAAAGCGAAGAAGGUGAAGAAGCAGAUCCUGCUGCUGAUCAAGGAAGUCCGUAUUGGGAAGAGGGAGGGAGCUCCGGUCAAGAGCUUCAAGACGGUCAAGCAGCAGGAGACGGACGACAUGGUCGAGUGGAAGCCGGACAUGCAGAAGGGGCUCGCCCUGCUAGCCCAGAGUGCGGAGCUAGGGAACGCCGAUGCUCAGGUGAUGUUGGGGAAUUUGAAGGUUUCCGGGGAGUUUGUGCAGCUGCUUCCCUCGCACAAGUCGAAGGUUGUGGCAGGGAACAUCGUGGAGGUGGAGCCUGUGCUGUCCAGGCAGGAGACGGAUCCGAAGCUCGUGCUGGAGGAUGGAGUCAAGCUCUACGAGCUGGCGGCAGCUCAGGGCACGCGGACGCCUGGUACAACCUGGGGAUGCUCUACUUUGACAACAGGCACCCGCAAUGCAGAGGAGACGAGCGAUGGAAUGCCGAGCAAUGUCUUCGCUGCAUGCAGGAGGCGGCAGAUCGCGGCGACAGCAGCGCCAUAUGGUCUGAGGUUACUGGAGGAGGCGUCCAACAGAGACCAUCCAGCUGCGAGCUACCACGUCGCGAUGCUCAUGCGGGAGGAGGGGAAGGAGGAGGAUAUGAAGAAGUUCCUGAGCAAGGCGGCGGGUCUGGGAGAUGCGGAGGCGCUCUUCUGCCUUGGGGACAUGCACUUCCACGGUUCAGACGGCUUCCAGAUGGAUCAUCCCAAGGCUUUUCGCUUCUUCCAGGAAGCUGCUCGUCUCCAGCACUCAGCAGCCAUGUGCUGCGUGGGAGUGAUGUGCUACAACGGUUUUGGAGUGAAGAAAGACGUCAACAAAGCCUUCCUCGCGUAUCAGAGGUCAGCGGAGCUCGGCAACAUCGAGGCCAUGCGGAAUCUAGCCGCCAUGCAUCUGAGCGGGGAAGGGUGCGAGAAGAACGAGGCGACUGCCAGGUAUCUUCUCAAGGUGGUGGAAGAGGCUGAGGCCGAAGCUUCGCAACCUCAAUAA